UGUGUGUGUUUUUGUGCGCUAGGAGGUGAACGUAUGAACACAAAAUGGACAGAUCGUCUAUGGCUAUUCUGAUUUUCAUCUGGUGCUACUUUCAUAAUCAAGGCUUACUUAAUUCUUUGUGGGAAAGACUCUACGAGCUCGCUACCGCAGACGAACCUCCCACCGAAAGUGAAAUAGCCAGUCUUCUUUCGGACACGAAAGACAAAAAUCCCGAACUAAUGUCUGAUAUGCAAAAACUUUUGGAAAGACUUGGCCAUGGACCCAAUGGAAAUGGAGAAGACCAAAGUAUUACAAAUGGUCUAACCGAUCAGCUUAGUGCUAGCACUGGGGAUGAUGAACAUACAGACGCCCAAAUAGCAGCCCUUCAUGGUGUACUAAAUGAAUUGAAGAAAAGAAAGGAAAAGGCAGAAAACUCUCUUAGUGAAGGAGAAAAUCAAGGAUCUAAUGGAAAUAAAGAAAAUAGUGAAAUUUCACAUAAUACCGGAACCGGAGGGAUUGGGAAACCGGUACUUCCAGGAUUUGGAGAAAGCCCUUCAGAAAAUGAGGGAAGCCAAGGACCCAGUGGGAAAGGAGAAGACAAAAGUAUUACAAAUAGUCGAACAGAUCAGCCUAGUGCUAGAACUGGGGAUUUUAAACCUAAAGAAACCAAAACAUCAGCCCUUAAUGGUGUACCCCAUGAACCGGAUGAUCAAAAUAAAAAGGUGGAAAAGUCUCUUAGCGAAGGAGAAAAUCAAGGACCUAAUAGAAAUAAAGAAAAUAGUGACAUUUCACAGAAUACCGGAACCGGAGGAAUUGGGAAACCGGUACUUCCAGGCAAAGAUCCCGAAUUAAUGCCUGGAAUCCAAAAACUUUUGGAAAGACUUGGCCACGGACCCAAUGGGAAUGGAGAAGGCCAAAGUAUUACAAAUGGUCCAACCGAUCAGCUUGGUGCUAGCACUGGGGAUGCUAAAUAUACAGACGCCCAAAAAGCAGCCUUUCAUGACGUACUCAGUGCAUUUGGAAAAGAAAAGAAAAAGGGAGAAAACUCACUUAGCAAAGGAGAAAAUCAAGGACCUAAUGGAAAUAAAGAACAUGGUGAAAUUUCACACAAUACCGCAACCGGAGGGAUUGGGCAACCGGUAGAUCCAGACGAAAAUCCCGAACAAAUGUCUGAAAUCCUGAGAAUAUUGGAAGGAUUUCACAGCGAACCCAAAGGGAAUGGAAAAGACAAAAGUAUUACAGAUGGGCAAACAGAUAGUGCUAACACUGGGGAUAAUAAAUAUACAGAAGCCCAAAUAGCAGCCCUUCAUGGUCUAGUCAAUGCAUUUGAGAACCAAAAGGAAAAGGCAGAAAACCUUCAUGGCAAAGGAGAACAUCAAGGACCUAAUGGAAAUAAAGAAGAUAGUGAUAUUUCACAGAAUACCGGAACCGGAGGGAAUCCGGUACUUCCAGACAAAACUCCCGAACUAAAGCCUGGAAUCCAAAGAGUUUUGGAAAGACUUGGCCACGGACCCAAUGGGAAUGGAGAAGGCCGAAGUAUUACAAAUGGUCCAACCGAUCAGCCCGGUGCUAGCACUGGGGAUGCUAAAUAUACAGACGCCCAAAAAGCAGCCUUUCAUGAUGUACUCAGUGCAUUUGGAAAAGAUAAGAAAAAAGGAGAAAACUCUCUUAGCAAAGGAGAAAAUGAAGGACAUAAUGGGAAUAAAGAAAAUGGUGAAAUUUCACAGAAUACCGGACCGGGGGGGAUUGGGAAACUGGUAGAUCCAGACGAAAAUCCCGAUCUAAUGUCUGACAUCCAAAAGAUUUUAGAAGAAUUUGACCACAAAACCAAUGGGAAUGGAGAAGACAAAAGCACUGAGGAUAGUAAAUAUACAGAAGACCAAAUAGCAGCCCUUCAUGGUCUAGUCAGUGCAUUUGAGAACCAAAAGAAAGAGGCAGAAAACCUUCAUGGCAAAGGAGAAAAUCAAGGACCUAAUGUAAAUAAAGAAAAUAGUGAUGUAUCACAGAGUACCGAUGCCAGAGAGAAUGGGAAACCGGUACUUCCAGGAUUUGGAGGAAGUCCUUCAGGAAAGGAGGGAAGCCAGGGACCCAUUGGGAAUGGAGAGGACAAAAGUAUUACAAAUAGUCAAACAGAUCAGCCUAGUUCUAUAACUGGGGAUUUUGAACACAAAGAAGCCAAAACAUCAGCCCUUCAUGGUGUACCCCAUGAACCGGAUAGUCAAAAUAAAAAGGUAGGAAACUCUCUUAGCAAAGGAGAAGAUCAAGGACCUAAUGGAAAUAAAGAAAAUGGUAAAAUUUCACAGAAUACCGGAACCGGAGGGAUUGGGAAACCGGUAGAUCCAGCAAUUGGUGGGACACCAAUUCAAGGAACACGAACUAGUGGAGUUCAACCAAUUGACGGAAAUACAAAAACAUCUCAGAUUAGUGAUACUGACGAAAAUCCCGAACUUAUGUCUGAUAUCCUAAGACUAUUGGGAGAAUUUGACCACGAUCCCAAAGGGAAUGGAGACAAAAGGAUUGCAAAUGGACAAACAGAUCACCUCGGUGCUAGCACUCCGGAUGUUGAAAAUAUAGAAGCCAAAAUAGCAGCAAUUCAAAAUGUAAUUAAUGCAUUGGAGGACCAUAAGAAAAACGGAGGGAACUUUUUUAACAAUGGAAAACAUCAAGGACGUAAUGGAAAUAAAGAAAACGGUGAAAUUUCACAUAAUACCAGAACCAGGGGCGUUGGGAAACCGUUACCUAGAGCAGGCUCCUUUAAUUUGUGGAUGAGCAAAUUUCAAGAGUUCCAGAUGGCAGACGGACAUCCCACUAAGAGUAAACUAUCCGGUUUCUUUGCAAAGAAGAAGAAAGGCUUCCUUUUGAGAUUCUUGGAGAAACUCAUCGAGAUCGUGAAGGCAAGCAAUCUUCUUCCUGCGAGUGAAAAACCCAGUCAUAUUUCGCAGAUGAAUAAAGGCUCCUCAAAGAUUUUCUUGAACAAGCACUCCCAGUUACCCAUGACAGACAAACAAAUUACUACGAGAAAAUUACCCAGUCACAAUUCGGUGGUGAAUAAAGGAUUUGGAAGAAUCCCUUCAGAAAAUGAGGGAAGCCAAGGACCCAGUGGGAAUGGAGAAGGCAAAAGUAUUACAAAUAGUCGAACAGAUCAGCCUAGUGCUAGAACUGGGGAUUUUAAACAUGAAGAAGCCAAAAUACCAGCCUUCCAUGAACCGGAUGAUCAAAAUAAAAUUGUAGAAAACUCUCUUAGCAAAGGAGAAAAUCAAGGACCUAAUGGAAAUAAAGAAACUAGUGAAAUUUCACAGAAUACCGGAACCGGAUGGAUUGAGAAACCGGUACUUCCAGCCCUCCAUGAACCGGAUGAUCAAAAUAAAAUGGUAGACAACUCUCUUAGCAAUGGAGAAAGUCAAGGAUCUAAUGGGAAUAAAGGAAAUAGUGAAAUUUCACAGAAUACCGGAACCGGAUGGAUUGAGAAACCGGUACUUCCAGCGACUGUUUAUGGAGACGACAAAUGCGAGAUUUGUCCAUGGACUAGGUGCACACCCGGGGGGACGAGCCAUUGGACAACCGUUAACAUGGAGGACGACAUAAGGACAAUUAUGUCUGACGACUUGGACAAGAUGAAGCUUAUCCCCAUACUCGCUUUCCGCACGGAGAACGAAAGAAAAACACUCGCUGAGAAAUACAGAGUAAUCGAGAAGGUCAAACUGAGAAAGACAGUGCACGAUAGAAUCACGAUAGGGAAUAGGUUCCAGAAAACCAUGGAGGACCUGGCAACACCCUUGGACGAGUUUUACGCCGAUCAGUUGAACUAUAUACUGUUUACAUUUCUCGAACCCAGGUUGACAAAUCAUCCUAGUUUCAGCAUUGGAAAAACUUUCCCACAAAAGGUGGCAGCGCGGAAAAUUUUGAUACAGAUAAUCGUAACUCUUACACCUUGUCUUAUGCAAAAAGUCAGAGAGUUUUAUAAGGUACAGUAUGGAGAUUCACUAGAAAACGAUAUAAAUGCAAUUUUGUCAACGCAUCAGACCCCUGAAAAAAAUGGAAUGGAUGAAAAGUACAUCAAAUUCAUCACGGACCUUAUCAAACGUGAGUCAUAUAUCGUGCGGGAGAACACACUGGAUUCCGAACCAAACCAAGAUGAUCAACACCUUCUGUCAAACGCGCAAUUCCUUCAACUUUCUCUUCCCGAAAUGAAGAAAUUUGUCGAAGAAAAGGGAGUUGAUACCAUAAAGGCACACCUCAAAGAAAGCGAUAUGUUUGACGAAGAAUUGCAUACAACCAUACUGGACAUAGCGUUGAAUCAACAGAAGUUUUUUGCUGAUGAACUACGUAAAAUGUUUUUAGAAAAACCAUUUGACGACGUAAAAUUUAUAAAUUUUAUGAGAGGCCACUUUGGAACUGACCUAGGAGAUAUCCAAAAGGAAUACAACGAAGAGAGUGAAAGAAAAAGAGAGGAGAAAUUGUUUGAAGCGUUUGAACAUACGGAUACGACUAAAAAGCAUUACUACAAUGCUAUUUACGCUCUUCUCACCGGCAAACUUUUAAUGUAAAACACACCAUUAUAACCAUUAUUAUAGUAAUAUCGUGUUUCUUACCGUUAUUUAAGUCUUCAAAAUGGAUCAAACAAUAUAAAGUUCUGCAGUGCAAAUAACAAUUUUAAAGAAACUCCUGCGUCAUUCUAUACUAAAGAGGAUGUUACCAAAUCAUUUUAUUUCUUCAAUAGUGUGUGUGAAAUUUCGGAUAUUUCCAUCAACUUUUAAAAAUCAGAAUGGUUUUCUUUCGAUGAAUUUAAGUAACUUCUCGUAUUUGCUAUAUUGAUCAUUAUUUGUGUUUGUAACUAAUCAUAAAAACAUAA